UUUUGAUUCAGUCCCUUGCAAGCAUGAGCACCUUCCGCGCGCUCCCGUCGUUCUCUGUGCACCCACCGGGGCUCGGCGAUCUAGAUGUGCUUCCGAAUGGAAUUGCCGUCACGUGUGGGGAAGAUGGGUACGUGUGCUUUUCGGACGUGAAGGAACUGAAGGAGAUCAAGUCCAUGCGUAUCGUCACCGAUGACGGCACUGUCCCGUCCAUCAGUGUGAGCGCGACGACGUCGAGCGAUGCAAGCCAACGCGAUGUGUUUGUGGCAUCGUCGGACAACUACUUGUUGAACCGGUACAGUCUUGGUGCGAAGGCGACGUUCGAGGGAUGUUACCUGCGGUGCACAGAAGAGAUCAAAUACAUUUCAAGCUCCAAAUCGUAUGUGGCUGUGGUGAGCGAAGACCUGCGGAGUCGCAUCGUCGUGCGCGCCAACAUGGAACGCGUCUUGGUACUGGAAGGGCACAAGGAAACCGUCAAGAGCAUCGCGAUCGACCCGUUGGAAACGUAUGUGGCGACGUCGGCGGCCGACGGCACGGUCAAGCUGUUCAAUAUUUCCGACGUGGACGGCGACACGGGCGAAGUCUCUGCGUCGAGCAGCAUUCCGAUUCAGUAUCAGCAAAGCAUGUCCAACGACGAAGUGCUGGCGCGCAUCGCGUGGCAGCCGACAACCGGCGCGCUCUUGGCCACCCCCAUGCGCAUGAACACGGUCGCGUUGUACAGCCGCGACACGUGGACAUUGUCCAGCAAGCUCGUAUUUCCAUCCUUCGACGGCGUGUUCAACUCGGACGUAAACGUUAUCGCAUUCUCUCCCAACGGGCAGUACGUCGCCGCUGCCUCCAUGGCCAAGCAGAUCUUUGUGUGGGACGUGGCGACACAAUCUGUCGUGGCCAGUUUUGAGUGCGACGACAACGUGAUGGCGCUGUCGUGGCUCGUGGAUGCCAACAGCUUUGUCGUCCUCAUGUCAUCUGGAUCUGUUGGGCACGCUUUCAACGUCGUUCCUUCCGCCCAUGCUCCUCCCGCCAACGUCAUUAUUAGCGCUACUGUUGCAGCUCCCCUCGUCACGCCGCCCGUCCCACCUCUCGUUCCCUCGACCCGCGCAACGAUGCCAUCAUCGCCGUCGCUGGUGGAAGCCUCCCCUGCCCCUCCUCCUUCUCCUCCUACUCGUCCAACCAACCCCGCCAUCAUCUUGUCCAUAGAUGAUCCAGCCGUAGACGACGAAGAGCUCCAAGUCAACGCUAUCAAGCGGAGCUUUGGCUUUGACCCAGACAUGGCCGUGCUGCACGAGGCCACCAUCGCCGACGACCAGGACGACGACGUGGCCGCCGCCAUGGACGCGCCGCUGCUGCAAUCGUCGCCGUCCACCGUGCCUUUACCGUUGAGUGUGCAGCCAUCGUUUCAGCCGGGCGCGGUGCUCCAAGGACCAGUGAUCCUCCUUGCGUGGAACCUCCUCGGGGACAUCGAAGCGCUGACAUCCGCCGACCACACACCCCUGAUCGUGUUGCGCUUCCACGACAAGUCCAAGCGCGGGUUCAAGUUCCACGACACGUACAACCUGACCAUGGCCGCGUUUGACGACGUCGGCGCCAUCUUCGCCGCGCCCGUCCACGACGACAUGCCCGCGGUCAUCACGUACCGCCCCAUCGAGUCGUGGAACUCCAACAGUUCAUGGCAUGUGUCGCUGCCCGACGGCGAAGACGUGGUGAGUGUCACGACCGCCGGCGCGAUUUGCGUUGUCGCGAGCUCGGCCCAUUUUGUCCGGGUGUACUCGAUGGGCGGCGUCGUCCUCGCCGUGUUUGCGCUCCCAGGGCGCAUCGUGUCCAUGGCGAGCCAUCGGUCGGGUAAACUCGCCAUCUUGUACGCGACUCGUUCUGGCUUGCAGUGUGCCGUGUACGCGGUGCAGCCGGCAUUGCCGCGGGUGGCCAAGCUCACGGACGGACCGAUGCCAUCCUCGUCGGUGGUCGAAUGGGUUGGAUUCAACGACAUGGGCGUGCUCUUCUUUGUCCAAGCCUCGUCGGGCCUAGUGUUUGUCCAGAGCGACCUCGUGGGAGGCCAGUGGAUGCCGCUAGUCCAUCCAAGCCACUCCCACGGCCCCAUCUUUUGUGUGGGCGUGCGCGACGGCACCGUGUACUUUGUUCCAAAGGUCAACGACCAACCGCUGCACCUCCCAAGACUCCACCGCCCGGUGCUGUCGACAUGGACGUACGAGAAAGUCGAGGACGACGCGCUGUGGCCGGCACAUAACGCCGCGACUGCCGCCCCCGCGAAAUCGGACCAAGCGGUGCCGCUUCUGGCCGCGGCGGACAAGGCCAUCCUCCUGCGUGUCAAGGCCAUGUGCGCCUCGGACGAUGUCCAGAAAGCGUACGAUCUCGCCACGUGCUUGUCCCUAGAGAAAUCCCACGCGAUCGCCCAACAGAUUGCCACCCAUUUUGGGCUGCGGGAACUGCAUUCGCGGCUGCAACGCCUCCAAGACGCGGCGUUUCCUAUGGACAUUAUAUCCCCACGUGUGGAUGAGGUCAACGCCGUGGACCGGCGGCACAUGACGACGUCCGUGCGCCCUCCUCCUUCCCGCAUCCCGACCAUGGCUGGUCGAACCAGUACUAGUAUCCCAUCCUCAUCUCCAACAUCGUCGCAUGUUGAACCGGCGAAAGCAAUCAAGCCGCCAUCCAAACCAUCGGCGGCGACGUUUGUCAACCCAUUCAAGAAGCGCGAGGUGGUCGUGUCGGAUGACGUGGCAAGUCGAAAGCGCCAGAAAUAAAAACAGACUGAAUAUGCAUAUGUACGGACGACGAUGAUGGAUGAUUAGAUUGGUCUGGAUUACGGUUUCGACACAAACGCGACCGACUUGUCGACACUGUCCAAGGGCGAUACUUGCGCUUGGAUGUCGACGACGGCGCCCCCCGCCGCGACGAUCACAUGCGACCGCUGCACUUUCUUGCCCGGCUUGGAGCUGCCAAACGCAGCGAUGAGCACGUGCUUCGGGUCCGACAGCAACUUGUACGGCAACUCCUUCUUCGCCUUCCACUUGCUUAGCGCUUUGGGACUGUCGCCACUGAGCGCAAACACGUUGUACCCCGCACUCUUGAACUUUUCAUACUCGUCGCGGAAACCUACGAGCGUGUCCUUAGAUUGCAAGGAAGAAGGUAGACGGAACGGUACCACAGGCUUGCUUGGUACAUCCAGGGGUGUCCGCCUUGGGGAACAUGAAGAACACCGCGCCUUUCUCCUUGACCAAGUCAAGGACGUGUACCACUUCGUCGCUUUCGUUGAGCAAUUCAACAUUGGGCACGACAUCUCCAAGUUUGAGGACCUUGGGUGCAGCAGGUGCGGCAUCCUCUUCCGUGGCGUCGUCCUCGACGAUCGCGGCAGUAGUGGUAUCAGCAUCUACUGCUGGCGCCUCUUCGUUGCUCUCGUGCUUGUCCUCAGCAUCAGAUGCCGGGGCGUCGACGGCUUUCUCGGCGUUCUUUGCCGCCGCGGUCGGUGCCUUGGCGCCCUUCUUCGCUGGGGGCGCAGUUUCCUUUUUAGUCCGCUUGGCGGGAGCGUCCUUCACGGGGGCGGCAGGUUCGCUUCCCGCGAUGCGCUUGCUUCGGCGAACUUCAGUCAUGCUCUCGUGGGUAAUUGAUUGAUGCGUUGCAGGUGAG